GUCUGCGCCGAUCACGUGACUUUGCCAUAAAAUGAAGUCUCCAAGACCUUUUGUACUACUGAGGUGCUGCAAGUGACACAGACGUGCAAAGUUGGGCUUCAACGCAACUGGCAUCGCUGGCUCCUGGAGUUUCCAGUUUCUGUUUAACGAUCAGGUAUAUUCCAGGAAACAACCAUGGAUUCCGGGAACACCUUGCAGAGGAGUAUCAGUAUGACCUCGGAAGACGGGAGCGGGAGCGAACGCCGCAACAGCGAGGAUCGGGAGGCGUACGUUGAGAAAAUGCGGAAGUGGUACUUAGAGAUGUGGCACUCGGAGGCAAAGAAAGUCAAACAGCAAGGCGACGAAAUGAAGAUGAUCGAAGACAGUCUCAUAGAUUACUUCACAAUGGUUGCUAAGGCCGGUGUGUCGUGGGGACCUCUGGCGAUUGCCAUGGGAUUAUCAAGCAUUGAUCUUGCCGUCAUCAGAAGGGAUUGCAAGACCAUCGACCAGCAGAUCCCGUGGGUUUUGAUGAAAUGGCGUCACAUCAUGAAGAAGAAAGGUAGAAGUGGAAACGUGGACGCAGAUUCAGUCAUCGAAGCCCUGGAGAGAAACAAAGCAUACGGAGCUCUGAAACACCUUAACGAGAACGUUCUUAAAGAACUCGGGAAGGAGUGGAUAGAUACCCGCCCAACCGAAAUCAUUGAGUCACAGGCAAAGUAAUUGACUGGUCGAAUGUGACAUAGUCAGCAAAGAGCUGUCAUCAUCUGCCAUGAGGCCACACAUCUCAUCCGUCAUGCACCAUCCACUUCCGGUUCAUUCAUCAUGACGUCAGAGUCAAUGUCAUGGCAACGCGUCAUCACUUCCAGGUCAUCAUAGAGGCCCAAUAUUUUUCUCCGGACGACUGGGCAUCAUCCAUGUUUUUUUUUAUUCA